AUGACAGCCAAGGUAUUAGCGACGCCAUUGAUUAAUCACAAGUCAUUCAACCAACUCGGAAUGUAUAUCGAUUUUAUUACCUUCUUUUCCGGACUCUUUAUAAUUGUCUACUUCUCUAUUAACCUUGCUGACCAUAAAAUGGCUGAUAAAUCAAAAACAUUUGUUUACUUUAUAAUUCCUUAUGGGAUUCUCGAGUUAAUCAUGACUUUAGUCGGUUUCUACGACUUCUCGAUGUCAAACAAUGCUGUCAUUGGCAUUUACCUAGCCUUUCUUGUUGUUGUACUGCUUGGACAGAUUGCACUUGGAGUCCUGGUAGUAAUUCUACUCGAUGAUGCAGUGUGUGGUACAGUAUUUAUCGUUUUUGGUGUUCUCGGUUUGCUGGCGAUUCUCAAGUCGUUCACUGGCGUCUUUAUGAUUAUGUACUUCUCCUUCAGGUUUAAAAACCAUGAUAUCGCUGAUAACUUGCAAAUAUUUUAUUAUUUUAUAAUUGCUUAUGGCGGUUUUGGAAUGAUCAUUGCUUUGGUCGGAUUUUACGCCUUCACCCUGUCAAAUAUUGAUGCCAUAGGCAUUUACCUCGGUUUGCUUGUCACUGUACUGCUAGGGCAGAUUGUGCUUGGAAUCACGAUAAUAAUCUUCAUCGAGGACGUGCUAGUUGGCAUUGGAUUUAUCGUUCUUGGAGCCUUCGGUUUUCCUGCGAUUUCCAAGUCGAUGCUCAUUUUUAAGCAAGAAGAGCUAAAGGAAGAGGAAGAGGAGGAGGAAUCGGAUGGAGAAAAAUAG